UCGUGUGUUGCGGGCUGCUGCGGCUCGGGCGCGACAGUUCUCUCUCGACCAUCGUUGGAAGAUUUUCGCGUUCCGUCGAAGGCGAACAGCGAGAGCGAGUGUGUGUAUCGAAGAAAAAAAAAAAAAAAAAGAGAGAAAAAAAACUGAACGAGAACUACAUCCUUCCAUUCUUUCUCUUUCUCUCUCCCUCUCUGUCUUUGUUCCUCUCUCUUUCUCUUUUCAAUUGAUUUCAAAAGUUCAUUAAUCCAUGUUCCAUUCCUUUCCAUUUUCCUUUAUCAUGAAGAUCGAGAAGAAAAGAUUAUCGCUCGCCAAAGCUUGGUUCCCACGGAAGAGAGGAUAAACGGAAGAAAUAAAGAAGGAGGUGGUUGGAAUUGGUUGAGGUGGUGGAGGAGGUACUGGAGGUGGGAGGCGAGGCGAUCGUGUUCAGAACCGGGACGGAACAUCGAUCAACGGCAUGUGGAAACGCCUUGAACCAGAUACGAAAGCAGCAGCAGCGUUUUUUUCGGCCUCGACCGCGAAUCGCUGGAACGGCGCGCGCUCGGAUCUCGAAUCUCCUAUUAGCCGAUACCCCGAUGAUCUCUUGUCGUCGCAUUCAUCUUUGAAGUUCGGCCCGCCAACUUCGAAUCGGACACGAUCGUCCCACGUCGUCGAACAAACGAGGCUCUUUUCCUAAUUCGAAGACAGAGGGCGGCUUAUCGCUCGAAAUUGAUCUCGAUCUAUCUAUCGUCUUUUUUUUUCCUUCUUCUUCUUCUUCUCUUCCUCCUCCUCUUCUUCGUCCUCCUCUUCUUCCUCUUCUUCGCUCCUCCUCGCGCUCUUUUUAUUUCUUAUUGUUAACAAAGAAGAAAAGACAAAAGAAAAAAAGAAAAAGACAAAUGAACAUUAUCCUUACGGAUGGCCGAAUAAUAAUCGGAGAGUGCGAAAUAUCAUUCAUGUUCUCGUCACACGAAUUAACGAUAAUCGGACCAAAGUGAAUCAGAAAAUUAUAUUUGAAGAUCGUCGACUUCGAAAGUCCGAUAUUACUUGGAGCUUAUCUCAAAGAUGUCUUCGUUGUUAAGAUCAAACUUGGUAGAAGCUCUGCGGUUUCACCGCUUCCGGAACUCUACGAGUAUCGCAAGAAACCUCCUCGAUUAGUUCGUUGUUUGUUACAUUACGAGUCCUUCGAUCUUCGAGAGGUUUGAAGUAUCUAUAGAAGAAGAGUGGGAUUUUCAUGCACACACAUACACACACACAUACACACAAAAAAAAAAUAUAUAUAUAUAUAUAUAUAUAUAAAGAAAGUUUGUUAGAUCUUACAAAUCGAACGUUUAUUACGAAAAUAUAAACAAUAAAGAACCUUCAAUAUAUUUUAACGAUAAUCAAAGUCUAACGAGUAGCGAGAGCACGACGCACACGCCGUUCAUCGAAAAUAUUUUUAAACAGUUCGAGAAAGGAGCACGUUGAAUCGUAGAGAUUAAAAUAGUUUUGUCUUCGUUCCUUUCGAGCGAGCAUCGUUUUAGAGAGACUAUUUCGACGUUAUCGCAUUAACGCGAGAUAUAUAUCUAUAUUAUAUACAUAUGUAUGUGUAUAUAUAUAUACAUAUAUACGUAUGUAUAUAUAUAUAUACAUACAUACAUAGAAACACAAAAUAAAAGGAAAGAAAAAAUAUAGCCUGCGUUCAUGAGAUUAAAAAUAACUGCCAACGUUAAAGAAACACUUGCCAAUCAAAGUUCGCGUUACGGAAAACUUUACGUCAAUAUCGCGAACUUUCUUUCUUCUUCCUUUCUUCCAUUUCCUUUUCAUCUUGUCCUUAUUACCACUCGACGAGUCUCCAAGGAUUUAACUUUGUUCACGGUGUUCAAUUAUGAAGGAAAGUAUAAGAUAAAUGAGAAGAGAAAAUAUUCGCUAAAAGUAAGAAUUAUUUUUCGUCAGAAGAACAGAGAAAAAUAGUUAUACAUAGAUACAUAUAUACAUAUAUAUAUAUAUAUAUAUACAUAUAUAUACAUAUAUAUAAAGAUAUCUAUAUAUAUAUACGAGUACAUAUGUAAUAGAUACAUAUGUAUGUAUGUACUCUCUAUAAAUACAACCGUAUGUCGAUUAUUCUGUCCAAACGUGUUAUCAUCAGGAAAGAAAAUAUCGGAGCAGUUAUAAAUCAAAGAAACGGAGGAGAAAAUAGUUCCGAUUACGAUUUCUAAACUACCUCAGGUGUAACUUUUAAUUCGAUCGAUUCGUUAUCCUGAAUGAGAAAAGAAAGGAAAUAAUUUAAAAGUACAUUUCCAAGAUCGAAGAUUUAGCUGAAAUUUAUCGUUCUCUACUAAGAAAUAACGAGAGGAUAUUGUCGGAAAAUGAUGAAUUAAUAAUUAAUGAAGCUUAAAAGCAUUAUGAUAAACGUGUUGUUGUGUAAUAGAAAGAGAGAAAAAUAAUAUAAUAGAAAAAUAUAUAAGAGAGAGAGAAAGAGAAAUAGUAGAUAUAUAUAAAAAGAACGGAUGAAAUAAGAGAAGCAUAGAAACGUACACUUAUGCAGAUGGAUACGUAAAUUCAGUAUUUUAGGUGAAAUCGAAAGUCGAACGAGGCUAUAAGGGAUGACUUGUAUCAAUAUAACCUUGAAGGGAUAAUAAUAUUCUCGUGAAUGUGUGCGUGUGUUAACAUUCAAAUAUACAUACGUGCACGAAUGUAGAUUCGUUUUGGACACGAUACGGUACGGCACGGUACGAUACGGUACAAUAAGCAGUUAGUUUCUUCGAGGAAUACAUAUGAGUGAAGUAUAAACGAUAAAGAAAGAAAAAGAAAAAGAAAAAGAGAGAGAGAGAGAGAGAGAAAGGGAGAGAUUAGAAUAAAGAACGUGGAAAAAAGGUUUAGCAGAGAUUUUUCAAAAUAGUAUAGAAAGCGAAAAGGAUAUGUGCCGGCGUAGAAAAACAUCUAACGAGAAGUCGGCCGGUGAAAAUAAUGCCGAUGGAGGAAGAUGAGGUUAGAGCUAAGAAAAAUAAAAGGGAAAAGAACGCAAAAAAGGGGAAACGGGAGAAAAAGAAACGACGGGAAAUUACGGUGAGGAAGAAGCGAUCCAGCCAUGUCAUGGGAGUCUAUUUCGUCCAGGGAUUACCUUGGUGGAUCGGCGAGUCAUCAGCUGUCGGCGACCGCCUUGCUGGGUAGCCCAGAUGGCUCGAGACACCCUCUCGAUGUAUGUGAAUUCACGGAGGAGGAUUAUCGGCAUCAAAAUGGCAGUGGGAAUAGUCAUUACCAGCAUAGCAGGCCAGGUACAGGUUUAUGGGAGUGUCUCGUAGGUUGCAGACGGCGACUGGACCAGCAAUUGGCUCGUCGAAGGGUAGAGCAAGGAUUAAAAUUGUAUCGAGCACACAAACAACAGGCGGCCGUACGAAAAUGGAGAGGCGCAUUGAAGAGUAUCCGGCAACGCGAGGACAAAUUCGCGCUUCUGGGGUAUCUUUAUCAAGCCUAUAUGGAUUGGGGAAAGUACAGAAUUUUUCUACGGACGAAGGAUGCUUGUGCAAUGAACGUUUUAAAAGCAACCGAAGAGCUUUUUUACCGUUGUGCUUGCGAUGCGGUCCAGCUGUUUUCCAAGAAAUUAUAUAGGGACAGUAUCGACUUUGGUCAGAGACAGCUUUGUAUCUCGGAAGAAUUGGACUCGCCUAAUAUGCGAGCGGAAGCGUAUUUGAACUUGGCCAGAGCUCAUGAGAGAUUAGGUGCUUUGGACAGAGCCUUGGAUUAUGCCAGACACAGCUUGUAUAACGAGUGCGAUCAGUGCGCCACUGCUGGAUUAGUUCACUUAACCGUAGGCAGAGUCCACUUAGAACUAGCAGGAUUCUGUAAAGCCUUGGAGGCCUUUCAAAGAGCUCACAAAAUCGCCCACUCCAUUCAAGAUCCUUCCUUAGAGUUACAGGUAUAUGUCGGGCUAUCGGAACUCUUCUGCAGAUUACAGGAUGCCGACAAGAGCGCGAGAUAUGCCGCGAGAGCGUACGAUCUUUCGCGAAGCUUACAGCUUGGCGAUCUAAAUUCGCGACAUCACAGAGCUGCUCUCCUUCAGAUGGCCGCGGCCUUGAGGAAGAAAGGAGAACUGGGUGAUGCUCAUGACUAUUGUUCGGAAGCAACGCGAUUGUCGCUCGUUUCAGGCGACCAAGCUAGCUAUGCUCGAAGUAUACGAAUAAUGGGGGAUAUUUAUCGAAAGAAAUCCGACAUAAAUAAGGCGUUUCGCCAGUACGAAAGCGCCAUGGGAUCUGCCGCUGCGACUGGUGAUCGACUUUGCCAAAUGGAAGCGAUGGAUGGAGUGGCUAGGUGUUUCGAGGCUCUCAGAUUGCAGCACAAGAUAUGCAACUGCCGGCCCCUUGAAUUCAAUACCCGCCUUCUGGAAGUAGCUGGAUCCGUCGGUGCUAAGCUCUUAGUGAGGACCGUCAGAUCGAGGCUAUCACGGAUUUACGGUUCCUUGGGGGAUGAAGAACAAAAAGGACAUCACGAGAGACUCGCCGCCACUAUGGAAGAAGAUUUAGAAUUACGGUGCGGUGGUUGCAACGAACCGUUCGGCUUGGAAGCCGAUUCCCUCGAGGCAUUACCUUGUUCUCACAUAUUACACGCCAGGUGCGCUUACGACAUACUGAAAAAGCGCGACAAAAAGAAGAAACGUCUCUGUCCGGAUUGUCAUAAAUCUGUCAGCUCACGAUUGUACCUGCAUUGCGAGGAUCCACACGGCAUGAAUACUUUAAAUCAUAGUUCCUUGAGUCUGGCGUCUCUGAGGGCCAGCAGCCUAGCGACACUGGAGGAUUGUCACGCCACGAGUAGCGUCUAAGAAAGGCCCGACGUUUAUUCGUAUAUUCGUUCGAUCGUUCGAUCGCGUAUAAAUAUGUGCCACGAUUGUGCACCAAUCUAUCUAACUAUUUAAAAAAGAAAAGAGAAAAUAGAAAAAAGAAAAAAAAAAGAAAAAAGAAAAAAGAAAUCCUCGAAAGUUCGAGAGAGAGGCUCAUCAUAACGAGAACGGCGUAGGAAAGGAAAAUUAGUAUUGAUGAAUUGGGAAUAGAAAGAAUGCUCGAAUCGAUUGCUAUUGUGAAUUGUUAUCUUCUCCCUAAUUAUUAUCGAUAGCUGUGUACAGAAUAAAAUUUAAAUCCUACGAAAUGUUCGAAUAGCGUUUCAAUUUCGAACGGGAAGGAUUGAUUUCUUAGCUGCGCGAUAUUACAAAUCUAUAUGUAGCCGUUAUCUCUAUUUCUAUCACUAUUCCUUUUUUCCUUUCUUUCUCAAAUAUGUUUCUACCUUAUGUCUGUAUCUCUUUUUGUCCUCGUCAUUUGUAAUUUAGGAAUAGAAUAUAUAAUUCGUUUGUUAUUCAGCUUAGUUCGAAAUAUUCUGUCGCCGUUAAAUGUUGUUGACGAGAAGAUCUGAUGAGAGAACGCCAUACUCGUUGAGUCCUUCCAAAAUCGAAAGACUAUUAUUUUUAACCCGUCCCUACAUACAUUCCUAAGAAUGAAAUUCUACUGAGAUUAGUUUUUAAUAGAGCGGAUCGCAUACGCACGAACUUAAUAGACAUAUAUAUAUAUAUAUAUACAUAUAUAUAUAUAUACGUGUGUAUAUAUAAUAUUUAAAAAUUGUUACAUCUUAUAAAGAAUGCUAUAACUUAAUUAACAACUGUUGAUUAUAAAUCUUUGAUUAGUGACGUGGCAAGAAUAUAACAUUUAUGCGAAUCUAUCCGUAUUGAUCUAAAAAAAUGAUGAUCGCUAGACCUCGACGGAAGAAGAUUCAUAUUACGAUUUAUCGUUUGACAAUCUUCCUGAUUAAAGAAUAAAGUUUAACGUAAAACUGUAUGUGCACGUCGUAAAAGAUUGAUUUUAAAUAAAAUUAUCCAAUUAA